AUGCCCCCCAAACAUGUGGCCAUCGUGACCUGCAGCACGCGUUCCCCGCGCCUGAACCCCACAAUUACCCAAUACGUCUAUGACGUCCUCGCUCAUGACCCAACGAUCCCCACGAAGAAAGUAUCCGAUGACACAGAAGACACAGACCCGCGACACAUCACGCUCUCGGUCCUGGACCUGGCCAAGCAGAAGCUUCCCUUGUACGACGAAUCCGUCAUCCCCGCACGCCUGCCCGCCUCCGACCCCACGCCACAUUAUACAAGGGAAUAUACCAAGGCGUGGUCUGCUGUUGUGCGGUGUUAUGACGGAUUCAUAUUCGUGACGCCUCAGUAUAAUUGGAGUAUUCCGGCGAGUUUGAAGAAUGCGCUGGAUUAUCUGUUCCAUGAGUGGAAGGGGAAGCCGGCGGGGAUCGUGACAUAUGGGUCGCGUGGUGGUGGCAAGGCGGCGGAUCAUUUAAGGGAUGUGUUGACGGGUUUGAGGAUGAGAGUCGUCGGGACAGCGCCAGGGCUUGUUGUGAGACAUACUGGAUUACCUGUUGGUGCGCUAUCUGAGGAGGAGCAGAGGGUUGAUCUUGACGAGAAGGAUCUAGCUGGGUGGAAGGAUGCUGGUGUGGAGGGGAUGAUGAGAAAUCUGGGGAUGGAGCUCGUCUGCGAAUUGGACAAGGAAUGA